CCGUGAUUGCUGGGGCAAUGAUGCUUGGCAUGAGAUUGGUUUUCAUAACAAUCCAUCCCAUGAAGUGGGGAGCCACUCUGAUGAACUCCUUUCUUUUUAAUGUGGGACUCAUUCUUCUUUGCUCCAUCAGUGUGAUUCAGUUCUGUGCAACAUCAUUUGCAUACUAUGCUCAAGCUACUGCUGCACAGGAAAUAUUCGGUCACACAUUGCAAUCUCUUCGUGGAAUCAAAUAUUUAUACAAGUAUAAUGUGUUUCAAAUAGCGUUCAUUGCCUUGGCCGGACUGACGUUUGUUUUAUAUGCUGCCUUUUUUUGUAAUUUUUCAGGGAUGGAAAAGAAAAAAACCAAGCGGCAGAUUCCAGCUUUCCGCUUGAAGCAUGUAUUGCCUUGAAGAGAGUAUGCAUCUAACUUGAUCUUACUUACGGAAUCUGCAGUUGCACAAAUUAUUGUGAAUGAUUUAGGUCAGAUGCAUAUAUGGCCUAGAGAUUUGUUCGAUGUUGUUGUCUAGAGAAAGUAGACAGACCUCAUCCGAGUUAAACUUUGAUUACUACAAAAUAGAAAGAGUUGUGCUACUGCUGUUUUUCUUAUUUCCCUGCCUUUUGUAUGUAUUAUGCCUUUGUUUGUUUGAUUUUGU